CGGAACUAUUUCUUAUCUGUCUAUAAAGUUUAUGCAAUCUAUAGUAAGAAGAAUAAGCCACGUUUGAACAACUAAGUAGAUACCAAAAUGGAGAUCUUUAGAUCCUUCCUAAUUAUAUUUGGUUUGACAUGUGUUCUGGCGGUUAUACCAGAACCAGAAAAUUACACAAAGGAGAAGGUCAAAGAGAGAGCAGAAAGGGCAGCAACGAUUGGUCCAACAUGUUACAACUGUCAGAGUAUUUCUGAUCCUAUGCAAUGCUCAUCAACAAAACAAUGUGCAAUAGACGAGUAUUGUUAUGCCGAAGUGAAUUCUGCAGGAGCUCCAGGACAAACUUCCUAUAACUUGGGAUGCAAAAAAGUUCUGACAUGUGCAGCGCUUUCUGGAGGAACUAUCCCAGUGGUAGGAAAGAGACACGAUAAUGCUAGAUCAAUAGAUUCAAAUAGGAAAAGACAAACAAUGGCUGAAUGCAACCGAUGUUGUUCUAGCAACAACUGUAACAACAAGCUCUGUCAUAUGGAUUCACCAAAUGGACCAAAUCCAACCGUUCCAGGAAGUAGCAGCACUUAUGUCAGAUUAGUUGGUGGAGGUAAUCCAUAUGAAGGAAGAGCAGAAGUAUUUCAUGGUAAUGUAUGGGGAACAAUUUGUGAUGAUUACUGGACACCAGAGGAUGCUGCUGUUGUCUGUGGAAUGUUGGGAUACAGCAGAGAGGGCUCCGUAUCGGUUCCAAAUCACGGGUUUGGAUCUGCACCUAGUUUUGCCCAUAUUUGGAUGGAUAAUGUCACAUGUUCUGGAUUUGAAAACAACAUAGACCAAUGUCAGUUCGCUGGAUGGGGAAUACAUGACUGCAGACACGGAGAAGAUUCUGGAAUAGAGUGUUCAUCAGCGAGCAGUGAAGAUAAUAUAAUAUUCGUACUUGAUAUAAACAGAGGUGGUGCCAUUUACAGGAUGAACCUUCAUACAUUGAGUUAUGUGCAAAUACCAAUCAAUAGACUGUAUACACCAACGGCCAUAGAUUAUGAGGCCACAGAGGGCAGGAUAUAUUUUGUCGAUCCCAGACUACAGCAAAUUGUUAGCGUUCAUUUCAGUGGGACCGAUAUUCGAGAACUAAAACAACUCGAUAGUAAUGCUGAUCUUGAAAAAAUUGAAGUUGACCCUCUAAACCGGAUAUUGUUUUACGCUGAUACCGGAAACAACCAGAUUGCAUCUCUGCGAUUGGAUGGAACAAACUUCAAGGUCGUCAUUGGUAGUGGUUUGGAUGAACCAAGAGAUGUUGCUCUUGAUCCCAGAAAACAGCAGGUGUUUUGGUCAGAUUGGGGAUCAACACCAAAGAUAGAAAAGGCUAAUUACGAUGGAACUGGCAGAACAACCCUUGCUAACACUAAUUUGAAAUGGCCCAAUGGAAUGGCCAUUGACUUUGAUGCAAACAAACUGUAUUUUGUCGACGCUGGAACAGACAAGAUCGAAGUGAUGGGACUCGGUGGAGAGAACAGACAAACUAUUUACACAGAAACUGGAUCACAUUUCUUCGCUCUCUCCCUUUAUCAACAAUAUAUAUACUAUACCGAUUGGACAAAACACACUGUGAUGAGAAUAAACAAAGAUGGUACAGGAGCAACUCCUGUCGGUCCCAGAGGAUUCAGAGAAUUAGCUGACAUUAGAAUUCAUAAAUAUGGCUAUGGACUUCCAGGCGUUGCAACACAUGCACCACUAGUUAUUGAUGAAAGCCAUAUGUUUGUUCGAUUCAUUGGAACUGGACAACACAACGAGGGUCUUGUUGAAGUAUACGUCAAUGGUGUUUGGGGAACUAUUUGUGAUGACGGCUGGACAAAUACUGACGCAGGAGUUAUAUGUUCUAUGAUGGGAUUUAGCAGUCAAAAUGCCAUUGCCUAUGGUAAUGCAACUUAUGGAUCUGACACCGAUGUGCCUAUCUAUUUGGAUGAAGUUACAUGCCACGGAGGUGAAACACAUAUCGCACAAUGUUCGCUUCCACAAGGAUGGGCACUUCAUGACUGUGAUCACAACGAAGACGCUGGUGUCAAGUGUCAAUAUGAUCCAAACACAUUGAAUAAUUUCAUUUUAUCGGCUGACGGAUAUAUGCAAGAGAUAUACCGAAUGGAUAUGGAAACCGGAAGUUAUUCCGCCAUUCCAAAUCAAAACGUUUUCAAUCCCGUGGCAAUUGACUUCGACCCAAAGACACGCAAAGUGUUUUAUUCUGAUGUCAAACUGUCACAACUAAGAAGCACAAACAUGGAUGGUACUGGAAUGAAGGUUCUUAAACAGUUGGGUUAUGCUGCCACCCCAGACGGUAUUGCUGUUGAUUCUACCAGACAACGUUUGUAUUAUACCGAUUAUGGUAACGAACUUGUAGCUUACCUUGACCUUGGUAGCCUCACUCUGAUGAAUGUAACAACGACAGAUAUUCACAACCCACGUGGUAUCACACUUGAUACACAAAACCAGGUGAUUUACUGGACUGAUUGGGGUUCUAGUCCUAAGAUUGAAAAAGUGAACUAUGAUGGUACUGGCAGAAUGGUUCUUGCCAAUGAAACAUUGAAAUAUCCAAAUGGAAUCGUGUUGGAUACUUCAACGGGAAAACUUAUUUUCUGUGAUGCUGGAACAAACAAAAUAGAAUCAAUGAACACCGACGGAUCACAAAGACAGGUUGUGUUUGAAGAUGCUGGUGCACAUUUCUAUGGUAUAGAUGUAGAUGGUACAUACAUAUAUUUCUCAGAUUGGAACAAAGAUGGUGUCAUGAAAAUUAACAAAGAUGGAACACACGAGCUUCCAAUAGGACCACCAGUAUUUGGGAAAGUAAAUGCCAUUACAGUUGUAACGGGCUAAAAGGUUGAUGAAUGCGAGAGUCAAAUUUAGCAGCUUAUGAAAAAUAAAAUAUUAUUUCGUUA